AUGCUGCAAUGCGUAGUUGUAACAGGAUCCACCAGAUUUGGUGGCGACUCCUGUGAAGGACCAGAUCUUCACCGCUACCGCGUCCUGCGAAUCGACAGGCCAGCGGAGAGCCGGCAGUGGCGAUGUGGGAACGCCAGCCUCGAGCUUGCCGACGAGCAGAACCAAAGGCUCGUGUGGAUCACAGAGGACGGGCGUCGCAGCGUUUGGUCCAGGACCAAGGAAGUCUUGGCGCCUCCGCCUGGCGGUGGUGUGGGCGGCUCCGACAGGAGCGGGGAGAGGGAGGCACCCGAGGACAGCGACAAAGACGUCGACAGAAUCGCCUUCCCCUGGCUGCUGAACAACUCUGCCCCGGAGCCAUGGCUUCCGCUGGAUGUUCCCCGAGACAUCCUCUACGAUGGGGCACGAGUCGCGGCCUUGCUGGAUAUUCGACAAAUGAUCGGUGCACGGAGUGAGCCUCAGGAGCGCCUCACGCACAUCCUGAUGGAUCACGACCUGCACCCCACUCGUCAAGGUGGUGACUACCUGAUCCCGGGUGUCGACUCGCCUCUCUGGCAAACGCUGAAUGUCUCAGAAACCAUGCGCCGGAGUAUUGUGCAGAGAAUCAGCAGGAUACCCCACGAGGUGCUGUCUCAGCGUGUGAGCUGGAGUGGGAACGCGGAGGUUUGGGUUGGCCGGCACAAAAUUUCGUGCCGCUCCCGAGACAUCCAGGCUUUGAACGCCAGAUGGGUGCCUCCCUUCCAGGACGAGCGGAAGCCCCUGGAGAUCGCGCGCUUGUUGGCCUUGUACAGCGUUUUUGACAAUCCUUUGAGCAAUCGUCGCAACGGUGUUCACUUGGGGCUGGACCCCGAGAUUCGACAUCAUUGCGACUUCGAGCUGUUUGCCUCUCCGUUGAAUGCAGCCGUCCAAAACGGGCGCUUCUCAAGCAAAUGGCCUCACGUAGAGUGGCGUUUUGGUUCCAUAGGAUCAUAUCCUUCCGUUAUCGACUACCUGCCCGUGAAUUCGGUUGUGUGCAUCAAUCCUCCCUUUACAGAGGCCUACCUGGCCGACGUGAUGGCGCGACUGGCCGAGCUGAAGCUUCGAUUCAGAUUGCGCAUCGCGGUGCCAAUCCUCGAGGCUCCCUGGCGAUCCCGGCUCCAUAGUUCCCUGCCCGUUCCGCAGCUCCUGAAGACCUACUACGACGCUACGGCGGAGACUCCCGCAGACGUGUUGCAUCCAACCCUCCUGUGGGAGGACCCUCGAUGUCCACCGAGGCUCAGCAAGCUACGGGAUGUUCGCCCGGCGGGCGAAGAUGACCUUGACGACCAUUCCGGCCGCGCACACGGCUUGACUCACGACGAUCCCCACAUGCCCGCCAGCCGGGCUCGCCGGGAAGGUCGCGAUCACUCAGUGUGA